UGCCAUUGGAUGCAGCAGCAGCUUCUCUGCAGUAACUCCGGUGCUAAUGAUGCUAACAGCAGCUAACAUGUCAAACAAGAGACAACAAACGUCACAGUUUAUAUUCUGACGUGUUAACACUCGGGUGUAGUGACGUCACCACAGCGGUAAACUGUAGCUAGGUACGAGGGUUUUUUAAUCUAGCAGGAGCUAACGGUAGCUAGCAGGAGCUAACGGUAGCUAGCAGGAGCUAACGGUAGCUAGCAGCAGGAUUAGCAGUGUCAGCAGUCUGGGCAUUUAGUUAGCUGACCGGCGGCUAACAGCUGUUAGCUCCUCUGUGUAUGUGAACGGAGAUUCUCCGGUUGUUUUACAGGCUCGGUGAAUGUACGGGAGCCGACAGGGACACCGGAGGAGGAGGUCAGCACCGGAGGAACCAGCCGGUACUAAAGUUCAACUGGGAGUGUGUUUACUGUCUACACAGCACUGAGUUAAACCAGCUCACCUGAACGUCACACCAGCCUCGCCUUAACAUCAAACUCUGGUUCUGCAGAAGGAUCAGACCUGGACAUGGACCUGAGCCGGUCCUCACCGGGCCGGGCCGUUCUGCUCCUGGACAUUUCUCCUGACUCCAUGACGACACCUCCAACAUGUCCGACUGUGAUCCAGCUGCUGUAGAGGAGCAGACGGCUGCAGAGGAAGCUCCUGGUCCUCCCAGUCCUCCUGAUCCUACUGGAUCUCCUGAUCCCCCUGGUCCCCCUGGUCCCCAUGCCCCUCCUGGUUCUCCCAGUCCUGGUCGUCCCCCCCUGGCAGAGAAGGCCCUGUCAGAGGCCUUUGCCCGGCUGCGGUACCGGGACACGUCUCUGCUGAUCUGGCAGCAGCAGCAACAGGAUCUGCAGGUGGCGCCGCCCUCCACCUACCUGAGCCGCAGCCAGUCGGCCUGGUACAGCAGCUACGGGAACCAGGCCGUCCUGAUCCGGGACAAGAGGGGCCUGGAGGACGCAGAGGGACGCUCCAGGAUCUGCAGCCUCAUGUAGACUCAUGUUUUAUACUUCCUGUCCAAGGCAGGAACAUCACGCCGUUACGAUCUCGAUCACAGACUGUGGAGACAGUCAUCGCGCGUCUAAUCUGCCAUUGAAGGAAGUGACAGCACCACGUCAGUGUCUGUGUGAAAGGGACAGUCGACAGGAUGGGACCAUGGACAGGACAGGUGGGAUGUUUGGACGAUGUGUUCUGUGGGCGACCUACCACAGGACAUUUAAAAAGCAGCAGUUAGCAGUUAGCGGCUAACUCAGAGAAGAACAGCAGCUGAAAAUGUCCACAAAUAGUGAAAAGGGACUUCUUAGCAGCUCUGUAGCGCCACCUGUGUGUGACCUUACUGCCAUGUGACAUGUCGCUCAUCUCCGCAUCAUUUCCUGUAAAGAACUACAUCGUCUGGACUUUAAAUGAACUGAAUCCUUUUUAUGUUUCUGUGAACAGUUUUAAUCUCUGAAAUUAUUUUCACCUUUCAUGGUUUCAUUUCGUAUUUCAUAAGAACAACGACAGAUCAGAGCACAACAUUUUUAUUUUUUUUUUAUUUUGCAUUACUCUGAUAUUUAUUUCUGAUGUACUGAUUAUUGGAGAUUUUAUUCUCUGUAUGGUCCAUGUUGAAAUGUUUGCUGGUAGAUGAGUUAAAUAACUGGAAUUAUACCAGACGAAUCUUUAGAGCUGGGGCCAGAUGAUCAGCCGAUGAUGUCAUGUUGUUUGAGAUGAUCGUCAGACGACAUCUGUGUGAAUCUAAGUUUCCUGAGCUUCAGUUUCACAUCAAAUUUCAGUGAAACUUUUUACAGGAAAAUGUUUACAGGAAGUUAAAACGGCACUCUGGUUUGAAUCGUCUGUUUUCGGACUCAGGUGAGUUUCCUCUUCCUGCGGACUGAAUGAUUCAGACUUCAGUCUGAGGCUGGAUCCAGAUCUCCACCCUCUGGACUUGCAGACUGAGCUCUCGCCUACUUCAGACGCACGUCACGUGACGUCUUCACCGCCAUCACGUAAAGUCUGCAAGAGCGGGAGUCUGCAGCAUUUUAAAAGGAGCUAAUGGACAGGCUUGGAUUCUAUUUCACUCGUGUUGGAGGACAUCUCUGUCUGACAGCAGUCAGAGGUUAAAGGGCAUUGUGGGAAAUGUAGGAGUUUUAAAGGGAUCCAGACUCAGUGAUGUCAUCAGGAGUGUUACAGUUUGACCUGAUGUUUUUAUUCUUCCUGGACGACGGUGUUGUUUUACAACUAAAUCUCAAGACUUGAGUCGAAGACCAACGAGUCCCAAAACCAAGUCGGAAACUCUGUUUCUAGUCCUGAACAAGUCACAGGUCAUCUGCUGCACUGAAGGACACAUUUUUAAGGAACUUGUACUUUAUUAAAGUAUUUCUGUUCUCUGCAA